AUGCUCGCCAAUCAAGUAGAGAAAUGUCAUUGUGAUUGUGGUGAGCCUGAGUAUACACAUCAGGGGGUUUUAACGUAUCUAGUAUAUGUACCUGAAUAUAAUUUCAAGUGUGAGUAUAAGGUUUCGAGGUGUAUAGCUUUUAUGUGGGUUAAGGAUGUUACCGUUCAGGGAGGAAAUCGGAGGUUGGAGUCGGUUGAAGUUGGAUGA